AACAGCAAACAUAAAGAAGACUUUGAAAUCGUCAAAGGCUGCUUAGCAGAUAUGCAAUCCCGCCUUCAUCAGAAUCAACCUUAUGAUGAGUCACUGGAGGUGCCAGAUGCUGAGGAAAUUGCUAGCACUUACUCCCCUACUCCCAGAGUACAGAAGCCGGGAGGAGUGAAAGGCAAGGAAUCUCUUGGAGUCCUUACAGAAGGGAAGAAAGGAGAUCACUUGAGCCGCGGUGAAACACCACCAGGUUCUAGUGGUGACCAGUCUGAUCAGUCUGAGUAUUUGUAUGAUGAGAGUACUAGCAUGCUGCCAACUGACAAGACCAAGCUUCAGGCUCGAGCCAACAAGCCAGCCAGUUUACAG